AUGACCAAGGCGGAGAAAAAGAAGGCCGUGCAGUUCACCCGCAUGUGCAGGUUCUGGCGGACCAACGAGUGCAAGAUGGGGGCGGACUGCACCUUCGCCCACACCACGUCAGAGUUGCGACCUAGCCCAAAGCCUUGCUUCGAGUUUUCCAAAACGGGCUUCUGCCCGCGUGGCCAGGCUUGCAGGUUCGAGCAUUCCCUGGACAGCCUGAAGAGUGGCAAAAUCAACGAUUUCCAGGAAACUAUGCUCGCCAUGCAGCAGGCCAGCAACAUUCAGGCUCAGUUCAACAUGGUGGGCACCGGAUCGAUGACUCUCAUGCCGCCUUCCUUGAACGCUCCGAUGCCAGGGCCACGGGUGAGCAACACAACCUCGAUGCCAUUGCAGGCUGAUGUCGGGUCGCUGGCCUGCCUUCGUCCACCGCCCGGGCUGGAAGACAUGGGCAUGCUCACGGGCCUGGCGCCAGCAGGCUUUCGGAAAACUAGCUUGGCAAAGCCCAAGGAUGGAGACUCUCGCCGCUCCAGUCUAAGUGAAGUCUCCCUGGGUUUGGAAGGCGUCUCUCUGCCCAUCCCCAAGGCAGCAGACCUUGAACAGAUGUGGGCAGCAGAUGAAGCAACUAUGGUUAGCAAACUUUAA